GUCACUUUGUGAUUUGAAAUUUGAAUUAUUGUUUUGCACAUUUUGUAUAAAAAUUUCUAUCUUCAAUUUAUAAUAUAAAUAUUUUGUUUAAGUUAAUAAAUAUAUUAUCUAAUAAUUCUAGGGCAGUAGGGCUGCUUAAGAAAAUAAAUAUAACAUAUAGAAACAUUUAUUUACUCCGUAAUUUUGUGAAGAAAAUAUAAUGACUCAACAAAAUAAUGAACAAUUUAGAAUCUUCACCGAAAAACUGAAAACAGUAGAAGAAAGAUCUACGGCUCUUAACGACAUUAAAAACUUGUUGGCGUACAAACCGGCAUCUGAAGCAGUACCUACUAUUAGGAACAUCGGAAUAUCCAAAAUCUUACACUGUCUUAACGAAACAGAUAAAAUUGAACAACUAAGUCUUACUUGUGAAGUACUUAAACUAUGUUUUGAAAAAUUUGAUACUGGAGAUGUUAUAAAAACCUACACAAGUCACAUAAUGUAUUUAUUGCGACAUGAAAAGGAUUGUGUCCGUAGAUUGGCUAUAGAUGAAGUAUGUAAAGUUGUAACAACAGACCCUUCAUUGUUGCCAAUCCCACAAUACAUUGACUUGUAUGUAGCAAUAGGACAAAUGGUUGCCGACCAAGAUCUUGGUGUAGCUAAUAAAGCUGUUCUGAUCACCUCUAACUUACCGGCUGAAGCUUAUCCAAAAGUGCUUGAAGAGAUGAAAAUAGCCUUGGAAGGAAACAGUAGUAGUAGAUGCAAUGCAUUUGAGGUGAUUGUCAAUAUUUCAACCAAGUCAUAUGAUAUAUUGGAAAUGUGUGUAGCACAUGGAUAUUUUGACUUCAUGGUAACUGAAUUACAAACUGAUGAUAUACUGUAUCAGAUGAAUAUUUUGGAAUUACUAUCUCAGUUGGCAAUAAAACCUCAUGGGAUCACCUUCCUAGUGAAACAAGGAGCCUUACAAAAGUUAUCAGAACUAAUUAUGGAUCUUCAGAAUAAUCCAUUUAGGGGACUUCUAACACCAGGUUAUAUGAAGUUCUUUGGAUGCAUCGCUCAUUGUUACCCAAAAGAAAUAUUCCAGAAAUAUCCAGCUUUACUGGAGCUAUUGUUUAAUGCAUUAGAGUCUGAUGACCUCACAAUUUUACCAGUUGCUCUAGACACCCUUGGAUUCAUAGGAACAACAUGGGAAGGAAAAUUAAGCUUAGUAGCAUUAGGAAGCAAAUACACACAAACUAUUCAGAAUAUAGGCGUUAUUAUUAAAAAUAGUAGAGUUGAAAUUAAAGUUCGCGCUUUACACUGCAUGUCGAAUUUGAUCUGCACUCAAAAGGAUCCAAAAGCCAAAACUGAAGAAGUGGAUCAAAGGAUAACACUGAUGACUCGUGAAUGGUUCAGAAGCUUGAGUAAACAACCAGGACCAAUGGAAGUAUUGUUUGAUAUUUGUAAAAAUCCUUUUCUGGACAUACAAUUAGCUGGCCUAACUUUGCUGGAUGCUGUUUGUCAACAUCAGUGGGGACAGGAAAUGGUAGCACAGGUUGCAGGAUUUGUAGAAUAUCUUCUAGAUCGUUCAGUUGACAAUGCAAAGCAAUCGAAUGAAGCCAAGUAUGAUAUAGUAAAACGCCUGACACAAUCUUCAGCUUUUGACAGUAAUAUUAUUACAAGACUCCAAACAUAUGUGGAACAAGGACCGUUUUAUUCAGAAACAACGCUUCAAGUUGCUAUGGAAGAGGAGUGAAUAUGUUCAACAUAUUUUUAUCAUAUUGCAGAAUACAUAAAAAUAACUUGGCUUAUAUAAAGUUACAAAAAAACUACUUUUCUGGACAAUAGUAGGUACAUAAAAACAGAGCUAACAUAAUGUUACGUUAAAUAAAUAUCUUUGAAUUUAUUUCUUCUUUUUUCCAAUUGUUUCCGACUUCGUAUUUGAUUUGCGUUUUCUUCCACUAGAUUUUGUACUGUAUUUAGCUGCCAAAUUAUCAAGAAAUGAAUCCAUCUGUGCGGCUCUGCUUUCUUGUUUCUGCUUAAUCAUGAGUUCUAAGCUGUUUGUACCUAAAAGAUACAGUAAAAUAUAAAAAUAAGUAACUUAUAAAUAAUAGAUUUAAUAUUAUAUUUCUUUAAAUAUAUUUUUGUGGUAGUGACUAAUAAAUAUAAAAAUUUAUAAUUGA